CUUGAGGCUGCACUACACAGCUGCGCAACCUGUCUCCUACUGAGUUUUUCCACAUUUCUGAAAGCCUGAAUUCCUAGGAAGUCACAGUGGCCUUUAUCCCUGUUGGGCACACGCAGUGCCUUGCCGCGGGGAUUGCUCCUUAGAUUGGAUGAGUUCUUCAGAAGCUGAAACAAAAUCAAGAGACCACGACCUGAUUCUGGCUCUACUUCUUCCUCACUCCUUCCCACCAGCGCCACAGCAACAUCCUCAAGAGUCUGAGCGAACUGCGCCCAGCGCGGGCACGGAGCCUCCCACCGCCAGCAACCUGCGGCCCGGGAGAAGAGCCAGCACAGUGACAGCGCCCCACCGCCACCAGUCCCCGGACCACCAUGGCCAAGAACCGCAGGGACAGGAACAGUUGGGGUGGGUUUUCAGAAAAGACAUAUGAAUGGAGCUCAGAAGAGGAGGAGCCAGUGAAAAAGGCAGGGCCAGUCCAAGUCCUCAUCGUCAAAGAUGACCAUUCCUUUGAGUUAGAUGAAACUGCACUUAAUCGGAUCCUUCUCUCAGAGGCUGUCAGGGACAAGGAGGUUGUUGCUGUGUCUGUUGCUGGAGCAUUUAGGAAAGGAAAAUCAUUCCUGAUGGACUUCAUGUUGAGAUACAUGUACAACCAGGAAUCAGUCGAUUGGGUUGGAGAUUACAAUGAACCAUUGACUGGUUUCUCAUGGAGAGGUGGGUCUGAACGAGAGACCACAGGAAUCCAAAUAUGGAGUGAAGUCUUCCUCAUCAAUAAACCUGAUGGCAAGAAGGUUGCAGUGCUAUUGAUGGAUACUCAGGGAACCUUUGAUAGCCAGUCAACUCUGAGAGAUUCGGCCACAGUAUUUGCACUUAGCACAAUGAUCAGCUCAAUACAGGUAUAUAACUUAUCCCAGAAUGUCCAGGAGGAUGAUCUUCAGCACCUCCAGCUUUUCACUGAAUAUGGCAGACUGGCGAUGGAAGAAAUAUUCCUGAAGCCAUUUCAGAGUCUGAUAUUUCUUGUUCGGGAUUGGAGUUUCCCAUACGAAUUUUCAUACGGAGCCGAAGGCGGCUCCAAAUUCUUGGAAAAACGCCUCAAGGUCUCAGGGAACCAGCAUGAAGAACUACAGAAUGUUCGAAAACACAUCCAUUCCUGUUUCACCAAAAUUUCCUGUUUUCUCCUACCUCAUCCUGGCUUAAAAGUAGCUACCAAUCCAAACUUUGAUGGAAAACUGAAAGAAAUAGAUGAUGAAUUCAUCAAAAACUUGAAAAUACUCAUUCCUUGGCUACUUAGUCCUGAGAGCCUAGAUAUUAAAGAGAUCAAUGGGAACAAAAUCACCUGCCGAGGUCUGGUGGAGUACUUCAAGGCUUAUAUAAAGAUCUAUCAAGGUGAAGAAUUACCACAUCCCAAAUCCAUGUUACAGGCCACAGCAGAAGCUAACAAUUUAGCGGCCGUAGCAACUGCCAAGGAUACAUACAACAAAAAGAUGGAAGAGAUUUGUGGUGGCGACAAACCAUUUCUGGCACCUAAUGACCUACAGACCAAACAUUUGGAGCUUAAGGAAGAAUCUGUGAAGCUAUUCCGAGGGGUGAAGAAGAUGGGUGGGGAGGAAUUUAGCCGGCGUUACCUGCAACAGCUGGAGAGUGAAAUAGAUGAACUUUACAUCCAGUAUAUCAAGCACAAUGAUAGCAAAAAUAUCUUCCAUGCAGCUCGUACCCCAGCCACACUGUUUGUCGUCAUCUUUAUCACUUACGUGAUUGCUGGUGUGACUGGAUUCAUUGGCUUGGACAUCAUAGCUAGCCUAUGCAAUAUGAUAAUGGGACUGACUCUUAUCACCCUGUGUACCUGGGCAUACAUCCGGUACUCUGGAGAAUACCGAGAGUUGGGGGCUGUAAUAGACCAGGUGGCUGCAGCCUUGUGGGACCAGGGAAGUACAAAUGAGGCUUUAUACAAGCUUUACAGUGCAGCAGCAACCCACAGACAUCUGUAUCAUCAAGCUUUUCCUGCGCCAAAGUCAGAAUCUACUGAACAAUCAGAAAAGAAGAAAAUUUAAUCUAAAUUUUUAGAAAUACAGGUGCAUGACCAACUGUCAGUUAAAUACUCAGUUUUCUGUCUCCAUGCAAACAUUCAAAGUGCUCCUAUCAGGACAGAGUAAAAUGCCGAGCUCCUCUGAAAACUU